AUGGAACGUAAAAACCACAACUUAGUGGCUACUGCAAGUUGUGAAGGGGAAGGAGGAGGUUGCAGAGAGAGAAUGACAGACGACAGACUUAGCAAUCUUCCUGACCACAUCGCUCAUCGCAUUCUUUCGUUCCUUACCACGUAUGACCUUGCUCGACUGAGUUGUGUGUCCAAAUGUUGCAGAGGAUUUUGUGAAUCAACCCCGUUCUUGAAUUUCAGUCGAGACGACGGCAUGGCUGCUGCUGACACGUGUGGUAGGCAUCAAAGGUUGUUGAAUUCUCUUGAAAGGUUCCUAUUGCUUCGUGGGGAUCAUAAGAUACAGCGCUUCCGUUUUGUUUGGCGCAGGAACCAAAGAUCAUCAUCAUCGUGCAUCUGUCGUGAUGUCUACUUCCGGGUGAUGUCGUGGGUCCACAAGGCGGUGAAGUGUAACGUUGAAGAGGUUGAUCUUGAUCUGUUUGGUCUAGAUGACCCCAUUCUGGAUUUUCCGUCUUCCAUCUUUCUAUGUGAAUCUUUGAAGUCUCUAUCGGUGCACAUGGAGCGUCUGAUUCUUAAAGCCCCCUCCGUCUCCUUUUCCUCGAAUCUAAAAGACUUGGAGUUGUCGGGUGUUUUUAUAGCAGAUGAGGAGGGGUUUUUCAAAUGGAUCUCAUGUUCUUGCAAAUGCAUCCAGAUUUUACGUCUUGCAUAUCCUCGUGGGAUAAAAAAAAAUCUAAAUAUUGAAAGCUCCUCUUUGGAAAGGUUUACUCUUUUUGAUCCCCAACAUGAUCUUGACACACUUAACAUCUCGUGUGAAAAUCUUCAACAGUUAAGUAUCUCGUUAAGAGCUGGCUCACCUAGCAUCACACCAUUGAAUAUUUUUGCGCCAAAUCUUAAAAAGCUGUGGUGGAGGGGGAAUUUGAUGAAUCACCCAAAUCUUGGAACGUUUCAAAAUUUGGAAUCUGCUGAGAAAUGUGGAUUUGAUAUGGGAUACUGGAAACUAGAGAGCCUCGCUUUUAUUCAUGAACUUAAGUACUGUAUGAUAGAGCUUUCAGACGGGUCCAAUGGUGUUAAAUUAGCAAAGUAUAUACUCGAGUGGGCUCCAAAAUUGAAGAAUGUUGUCAUGAUUUGUUCACCUCAAAAUUUGGAGGAAGUUAAGAGGAAGUUAGCGAAAUGCAAGAUGAUUUCCAAGGCUGCAAUUUUCUUUAAGGAAAGACGGGGAAAAGCAAACAAAGACAGCUCUUUGAUAGGUUUAUGCUUAGUGUGA